CGCCCCUCGUCCCGCGCGCGCAUAAUAUUUUUAACCUAUUUCACUGUUUUUCUUCUCUAUUCAACCAAUUCCCCAUGAAUAAACAUUAUUAAUUAUUAAUUAUCAAUAAUUAAUUAAUGAUAGAUAAACCAGUGACUGUCUUCUUCAUUUUUUCGAGUGAAUCCAUCGAACCAAGUGGACUUACGUAAAAUCUACUAGUGCGUAUUAUCGGCUAGAAAAAUGUUGAGGAGAGUAUUAUUUAUUAAAAAAUUCUUGCCCUCGAGUCGGAGUUUCCGGGGCUUUUCGGAGUCGACGACACUAGAUAAAAUAGAGAAUAAUGAGGAAAACAAAUGGAGGGAAGAGUUAUUAUCAACGAUGAGGAUUUUUCCUGGAUUUAUCACCACAGCAGAAGAAGAGGGACUGUUUAAUGAAGUAGAGCCUUACAUGAAACGUCUGCGCUACGAGUUCUCGCAUUGGGAUGACGCGAUCCACGGUUACAGAGAGACUGAACGAGCUAAAUGGAACGAGGAAAAUACAAAAAUCAUCGACAGGGUGAGGAAACUAGCGUUUCCACCAGGUAUGCCCCAGUUAGGGCUCGUCCAUGUCCUGGAUUUGGCUCCUGACGGAAGAAUAAAGCCCCACGUCGACAGUGUCAGGUUUUGUGGAGAUGUGAUAGCAGGGAUCAGUCUGUUAACAGAUUGCGUCAUGAGACUGACUCUCGUUGGGAACGAGAAAAACUGUCGAGAGGACUUCCUCCUGCCCCGUAGAUCCUUGUAUAUAAUGAGCGGUGUGGCUCGUCAAAAGUACAACCAUGAGGUAUUAGGCCCAGAAGAAUCAAUAUAUCAAGGAGAGAAGAUAAUAAAAGGUAGACGUAUUUCCAUAAUAUGCAGGAGUGAGCCUGACGGCGAUCGGAAACCUUAAAAUACAAUCCAACAGUACACAAACUUGGAAACUACGGAACUACUCGAAAACUUCCCAUGAAACACGUCAUUGUAGUAGUUAACUCCUUUAAUUAAAUCCAUUCAAUCAUGGAGCA